UCUCGUAACGUGUCAAACCCGGAUAACGAUGAUGAUUUCUUCUCCAGAGAAAGUCCUCAAAUAAACAUGGAAUAAAAAGCCGUACUGCAGGAUUUCACAGAAAAACAAGUCAUCAUGGAGGUAGGAGGAAGAAACCAACGAGCUCGAUUAGAGUUGGCUCACCGUUUUAAAGCUCACAGAACAUUCAGAACGUCCCCAUCGACAUUCAGACGAGCAAACUGUUAGACUGGCUGAUAGAUCGUCGUCACUGCAAUCUCAAAUGGCAGAAUGCUGUCAAAGGGAUCCGAGAGAAAAUCAACAGCGCCAUGCAGGACAUGCCGGAGAACAAUGAGAUCAAGCAGCUCCUCUCAGGCUCCUACAUUCACUACUUCCACUGCUUGAGAAUCGUGGAAAUCCUGAAGGGGACUGAAGAGUCGUCCAAGAACAUCUUUGGCAAAUAUUCCUCACAGAGGGUGAAGGACUGGCAAGAGAUUGUGUACCUGUACCAAGGAGAUAACGUCUAUUUGGCCGAGGUGGCCAGCCUGCUGAGUCGCAACGUCAGCUACGAGGGUCCGGCUCUGAGGAAGCAGCUGGCCAAAGCCAAGCAGCUGCAGCAGGAGAUGAGCCGGCGAGAGAUGGAGUGCCACAGCUCGGCCGGCAACCUGCGGGACCACUACUACGCCGCCUGCAAGCAGUACGGCAUCAAGGGAGACAAUGUUCCUCGUGAGCUGCAGGCUCUGGUCAAAGAGCUACCAGAUGUUCUUGACAAAGUGGGGACGGAUGCCGCCAGGCUUGAAGAGAAAAUCCAACUUUACACCGCUUUCACCAACUUUGUAUGCGAGUGGUCGGAGCCGGUUCUUCCUAUGUUGACAUUCGUGCAGAAGAGAGGAAACCCCACAUUCUACGAGUGGAGGACCGGGAAGGUUCCCACGGUGACGGAGAGGCCGCACGUGGAGGAGACACCUGCAAAAGCGCCGGCCGACGACACGAUCGACUGGGGAGACUUCAGCACUCAGGAGCCGGGCUCGGGAAUCGCAGUGGAGGACGGGAUUGACUGGGGCAUCAGUGUGGAGCCCAGCUCUGAGGACGGCGGCGGUGGAGAUGCGAUCGACUGGGGGGACGCCGACGUCGCUCCCGUUGAGAUUGAGAUCGUACAAGCGGGCGCAGACUGUCCCGAAGACGUGGCGAGAGGCAGUGAUGCCUUAAGCGUGCUGGAGAACGCCCAGUCCCGCAGGCAGUUCAUCGAUGAACUCAUGGAGCUGGAAGCGUUCUUGAGCCAGCGCCUCACCGAGAUGCGCCAAGAGAGCGACGUGGUGGCCAUGAGUCAGUUCCAGUCGGCGCCGCGUAUCAUCCUCAUCCAGAGCAGCGAGCAUGUCCGCGGCAUGCUGUCGGAGGUGCAGGACCUGCUGGGCCGACUCACGUCGCUCCGGAUGCAGCACCUCUUCAUGAUCCUGGCCUCGCCGCGGUACGUGGAGCGUGUGACAGAGGUGCUGAGCCAGAAAAUGAAGCAGGCCGACAUUCUGGAGCUGAAGGCAGUCAGCAUGGUUGAGAAGAGGCAGGAAGCCUUGGAGGAACAGUCCAGACUGGAGCCUCGAGUUGACCUGCUGGCAGAACACACGCAGGAGCUCAAAAAAAUGAUUGAAGGUGACAUUUGCAAGCGCUACAGUAACCGGCCAGUCAACCUGAUGGGUGUCAUCAUAUAGAGAGUUUAACCGGGACAAAAUAAAAGUUUUAUUUCAU